AAGAGAACGUCAUCCGCUCACUGCGUUUGCCGAUUCAUGAUCGUCAGAGACUUAAAUAUUCAACCUUCUAAAAUUACAAAAAAAGGAAAACGAGGAAAACACACUGUAAACCUUUUUUUUAGACCUUAUCACUUCUUUAUUGGCUAUUUCUACUGUUGGUUACAGUGGGUAAAGCAACUUGCACCGGUGCAAGUCAGGUCUGAAAUUACGUGCACCGCUCCAAUUUUACGUGCACAAACUUGCACAUGCACGUGGUAUUUCGAGCCCUGGAAAGGCUCCAGCUUGCCUGCGACCCUGUAGAACAGGAGAAGCGGCUACAGAUAAUGGAUGGCUGGAUGGAUGACUUCAUCUUCCUCAAGCUCAGUGAGGAACUUGAGCGUAUCUGGGUCAAACUCAUGAGCUUCCAAUCCUGGUGUCAUCUGUAGUGAGCCUUUACUUCCUAGAGUGGACAGACAUUUUCAAACCAGUGCGCUGGGGCUUCAGCUGCUAUGACCGCAGUCUGAGUUUACCAUACAUUGAGCCAAUGCAUGAGGUUAUCCCCUUCCUCAUGCUCCUCAUCCUCACCUUUGGUGCACCUGCCAUCACGAUAAUGAUUGGAGAAGGCAUUCUGUUCUGCUGGUUGUCCAAAACUCAGAGCGGCCCUGGAGCUGAGGCCAACAUCAAUGCUGCUGGCUGCAACUUCAACUCCUACAUCCGCCGCGCCAUCAGGUUUGUGGGGGUUCAUGUGUUUGGUCUCUGUGCCACUGCUCUGAUAACUGACAUCAUCCAGCUGUCGACAGGUUACCCAGCACCGUACUUCCUCACUGUUUGCAAACCCAAUUACACACACCUGAACUCCUCCUGUGAUGAGAACUCUUUCAUUUUGGAAGACAUCUGCUCUGGGACUGACACCGCCGUCAUUAAUGCCGGCAGAAAAUCGUUCCCUUCCCAGCAUGCAACCUUGGCAUCCUUUGCUGCUGUCUACGUUUCUAUGUAUUUCAACAGCACUCUAACAGACUCAUCUAGGCUUCUGAAGCCCCUACUGGUCUUCUCCUUCAUCAUUAGUGCCAUCAUAUGUGGCCUAACACGGAUUAUUCAGCACAAGAACCAUGCCAUUGAUGUCUACCUGGGAUUUCUCCUUGGAGGAGGCAUUGCUAUUUAUUUAGGUCUGCAUGCUGUUGGGAAUUUCCAACCCAGUCAGGAGAAGAUGAAGAAUCAACCUCAAGUUCGAGAUUGUGUUAGGUCCCUGGGUGAGCUGGGUCAGCAUGUUGGCCACCAUCUGCCUGCUAAAAGCUGUAGCAGUAGUGAGGGCAUUUCCUCCUCACACUCGGAUGGCCUCCUUCACCGUAAUCUUCAAACCCGGCAUACUAGAUCCCUUACCAACCUGAAGAGAUCCAGCGCAGAUAUUGAAGUCCCACGGCCGAACAGUCCCAUAGAUAAGGAGAGCAUGGUGACCUUUAGUAACACUCUGCCACGGAUUCACCCACCAACCAUGGAUGAUGGCGCAAGGCGAAAUGGAAUGGUCCAUUCAUCCAUUGACUCUAGCCGUUCCAAGCAGUUGUUGUCACAGUGGAAGAGUAAGAACGACAAUCGAAAGCAUUCCGUGCAGGCUCUGGAGACUGCCAUAGGCCAUUGUUCCACCAGCAGCAUGGAGACUCGCUGUAGCUCAGAACCUUCCACAGUUGGCAUUAACGGGGAACAGCAAGGUCCGGCAGGGUCAUGUCUCAAACUGGCCACUGGAAGCAGCACUUUACCCAGCAAUCCUUGUGGUAUAGCUGGAGGUACACGAGUGUCUAUUCAGUCCAGGCCAGGUUCUUCCCAACUGGUGCACAUUCCAGAGGAGACUCAGGAAGGCAUGAGUACUUCACCUAGAGGUAGUGUACGGGACAAGUGGCUGAAAAGCAUGGAAAAGAAUGUCAAUGGACAACCACGCAUUGUGCCAGCAAUUGGCAUGUCCAAACAGCAUGGCCUGUUGCCCACAGGCUCCAGCAGUUCUGAGAGCAGUAGCCACACCAGUUCCACUGCACCCCUGCACCGUCAUAAGAGCCUAAGUGAGGAGCCCGGUUCAGGGGUCACCACCCAGGGUUCCAUUGUUAGGGUUGAGGCGCAUCCAGAGAAUGGACGGCCCUUGGUUCAUGCCCACUCUACUGAUGGCACCACCUUCUGGACCUGGAAGUCUCAGAGUAGCUUAAAACAGUCUUUCGAGCUCAAUGACCUCAACCGAGACUCAGAAAAUUGUGAAUCGCUUAAGGACAGCUAUGGCUCCACAGACAGAAAGAGAAGCAACUCUGGUGCUCCGAUACAUGUCACAGUCCAAACGAUCCCAACAGUUCCUGCUGUCUCCUCUAUUUCCACUCUAGCCAGCUCAGUAGGAGAUCAGCACCCUCAUCUAACUGUCUCCACCAUCCGGGUCACCCCUAUAGAGAGCAGUGAGAGUGGCCCAGAGAGUCACGACUCAACACUGCGAAGGAAAAGCAAUAUGAUCCUAAUCCCUGAAAGAGGGAACAGCCCAGAUAACACCAGGACCAUUUUCUACAAGGGCACUUCCACCACCCCAGCAUUUAAAGAGUAGCCAGCACAUAAUGCCUUUUCACGGUUUAUGCAUCAAACACAAGGUCCAUAUAUGAGGUGUUCACUAUAUUUGCCCACACAUGUACAGUUUGCUGGUGUGUUUUGAGCUCUGGACGACACCAUUUCUUACACUGCAUGAAAAAGUUGUCACAGUGACACAAAAGCACAAACCCAGAACUCUUUCUAUGCUGUUAGCUGUUGUCCUAAUGGAGAAAUACAGUAUAUUGUAGCAUAUAAUCUAAUUCCUUUAUUAUAUACACUGUGAAGUUGACCUAGUGCCAAGUCUUAACUUAAACACUGUAUAAAGAUCUGUUUAAAAAAGUAAUUUUUUCAGUGAUUACCCUAGCCCGUAAAUUUUUGUAACGUAAAUAUUCUCUGAAAUGGGUGCUGUCCUAUUUAGAUAUUGAAAAAAGAGGAAAGAAAAUCGUUUUGUGAGAAGCAUUUAAUGACCCGAAGUGCUUAGAAUACUUUCUGUAGUUCAUUGUAUAGUCUUGUAAUCAGGGCUGGCGCAUUCUAUUCUCAUGCUCUAGGCAAAACAGUAUGUAGCUAUACCUCCAACCAGUCCGCUGUUUAAUUUUUUUACAGAUUAACCACUGGUGUUGACUGUCUUCUUAGCCAUUUAAUGUGCUUUCAGAGUGCACUCAUAGAAAGCUUGGUAAAAUGACAUACUUUGCGAUGAAAUAGGUGGAUGAUAGUGUUGGUAAAUGUAACCAUCCAUGCACAAGUGCCACUCUAGGAAACUGCCUAGUUUGCUGUUAUAUAUGCACUGGCCCUGCUUGAAAUACCAUGCACUAUACUUGCAAUAUAAAUCUGUUUUCACAA